UCCCCUUGAAUCGUAUCGUGGAAUCUUUUGUUAGAAAUUACAAUUUAUAAAAAAAUUGAUGUGAACAUCUCCAAUUUUUAAGAUUAAAACUAUUAAAACGUGAAGAAGAGUGGAAAAGUUAUCGGAAAUAUAUAAAUUCAAAUAUGCAGACUCAAAUUCCGCUACAAACUAGCUCUGUGAAAAUCGGAGAAGUUCAUCAAAUAUCUUCAAUGGGUUUACUUGAACUCGCUCAUAAAGAAUAUCAAACUGCUGACUACGAAAAUGCAGAACGACACUGCAUGCAGUUACUUAGACAAGAAAGUAACAAUACUGGAGUUCUUUUACUUCUAUCGUCAAUUCAUUUUCAAUGUCGUCGUCUUGACAAAUCAGCGCAUUUCUCAACAAUGGCAAUUAAACAAAAUCCGUUGUUAGCUGAAGCGUACAGUAAUUUGGGAAAUGUUUACAAAGAGCGCGGACAACUUCAAGAAGCUUUAGAGAACUAUCGUCAUGCUGUUCGUUUAAAGCCUGAUUUUAUCGAUGGUUAUAUAAAUUUGGCAGCAGCUCUUGUUGCAGCUCGUGAUAUGGAACAAGCUGUACAGGCAUAUGUUACAGCUCUUCAAUAUAAUCCUGAUCUUUAUUGUGUUCGAAGUGAUUUGGGAAAUUUACUGAAAGCUUUGGGUCGUUUAGAUGAAGCAAAGGCUUGCUACUUAAAGGCCAUUGAGACUCGUCCAGAUUUUGCUGUUGCUUGGAGUAACCUUGGAUGUGUUUUUAAUGCACAAGGCGAAAUCUGGUUGGCGAUACAUCAUUUUGAGAAAGCUGUCGCCUUAGAUCCAAAUUUCCUCGAUGCUUACAUCAACUUGGGAAAUGUUUUGAAGGAAGCACGAAUUUUUGAUCGGUGA